AUGGUGAACCCAGAUUUAUCAGAGCCUGUAUCUGUUCUCCUUCGCCAUGGCACCAAGCAGGCGCAUGAGCAAGCGGAACACUCCCCAGGUGCUGGGUGGCUGACCCGCGGAGAACUCGAUCGCUCAGAAUAUGUGCGAUUCCUCAUGAUGCUCCAUGUUAUAUACUCAGGAGGCGCUAGACGCCACCAAGCCCAUCCGGUGCUCAAGACAACUUACAAUCCCUCUGUGCUCGCUCGAAAGGAAUACAUCGCGCUGGAUAUUGCGUAUUUUCUUGGAGCGGAUUCACACGCGUUAAAGGAUCAUCCCGCCUAUCUCUCGUUUACAUCGAACAUGCCGUCACAGGUCUCUGCAUACGUCCAUCGACUACGCCAUAUUUCGUCUAAUCCAACCAAUCUCAAAGACGGGGAUGCUAGGCUUUUAUUGGCGCACGCAUACGUACGCUACCUUGGUGACCUCUCCGGCGGCCAGUUCAUCCGACGACGGAUUGCCAAAGUAUAUAAUCUGCCAAAUACCGGUGAAGGAGUCAAAUUCUAUACAUUCGUCACGAGUGCAGGGGAGGGUGAGGCGGGGAUGCAGGAAAUGAAGGACCUCAAGGAUUGGUACCGCGACGGUAUGGAUUUGGGUGUUGGUGACGACCAUAAUCUCAAAGGUGGGCUUCCUUUAUUCAUUCCUAUUGCGCUCAUACUUUCUUGUGAAGCGGCGUUGGUCGACGAGGCAAUCCUCGCCUUCAAGUUGAAUCAAGAUUUGUUCACUGCACUCCGUCCUCCAACCCACCUUGAAACAAUGACAUUACCCACCUCGCCCAACCCAUCGACGACACCCCCAAAGCUCGAGCCAAUGGACACCGUUGACAAGUCCAAUGCAUUGACCCCUUCGAAUACAUUCACGUUAUUCAUGGGUUUGCUCAUUGGCACAGUUUUAUUCCUCUUCUACACUGCCUCGUCAAUGACGUCCACUACCUUGAAUGCAUAG